UCUAUGGGCAAUUUAUUCUUUUCAAAAUUUAUUUGAUCUUGAAAGCGACAAAUAUUAUGUGAAUUAUUUGUUAUAGAAAAUAGUGUGAUAACAAAGAUAACAGAUAUGGGUAACCGUUUGGAUAAACCAAUUAUUAUUGGUGGUGGUGAUGGUCCAUCAUCAUCAUCAUCCAAAUUAUCAGUGUCAUUAUCAUCGGUAGCAGCUCGAAAAAAUUCAACAUCAUCUUUUUUUAAAAGACCACGUUUUGCAUCAUCAUCACUUCGAUUAACAUCAUUAUCAUAUCAUCGAAAUCGUCGAUCAUUAUCAUCAUCAUCACCAUCGGCACCAUCAUCUCGUAUAAUUAAUAAUGGUGCCUAUUUUCUUCGCCAAAUUGCCGAUAAUUAUCAUGAAUAUGAUUUACAACAGAAAAUCGAUCUGGAAAUCAAAAUGCGUGAAGGCACAUCUAAAUUAUUGGCCGCUUGUAAACAUAUGAAUCAAAGUUUAGAGGCAGCUAAAUCUUUGCUUACAUCCGAUAUGCGUUUGGCGGAAUUUCGUAAAGAACUUCAAAAACGUAAACAUCGUAUUAAUAAUAAUAAUAAUAAUCAUAAAUUUUCUAGAACCGAUACAGUCUUUAAAGCUAAAGCAUCAGUUUCAGACAUUCGAAUACCAUUGAUAUGGAAAGAUAGUGAUUAUUUUAAAAACAAAGGCGAUUAUCGUCGAUUCGCUGUAUUUUGUUUGCUCAAAAUUGGUACUGAAAUCUAUGAUACGAUUAUGGUGAAUAUAGAUCGUAAUACCACCGAUAUAUGCUUUGAUGAUACAUUUCAUUUUAAUUGUGUUGAACCUAAUUUUACAUUUGAUCUAUAUAUUUAUGCACGAAUUCUACAUGAUGAUCUAUCAAUGGCAUCUACACAUAAAAAAAUUACGCAUAAAAUAUCUAAUUCAUUGUCCAGGAGUUUUGGACGUAAAAUGAUCAAUUAUAAAGAUGAUUUUGAUCCUGAAACUGGACCAAAAUUCUACCUGAUUGCUCGUUCUACAUUGAACUUAAAAGAUUCGGCCGAUCUAAUCAAAACAUAUGAUCUAGAUAUUGAAGAAGAAUUGGAUAAAAAUCUACAAUUACCUUUGUUUGGACAUUUUUGUUGCCGUUUAGCUGUACAACCAGAAUGUUUGCUCAAAGAUUAUUAUUCUGGUAUUGUUAGAUCGAUCGAUUCCAAUGAAAUGUUCUGGUCAGUAUUGUCUAAAUUUAAAUUGAAUCUAUGGCACAUGAAAACCGAAUUGAAAGAUGAGCCAGCCUAUCUUAAACAUACGGCUAGUAAACGUUCGCCGGAUAUAAUAAUACCGAUCAGUAAUCAAACAAAAAUUAGCCAACAAGAACAAACUUUGAUCCAACUAAUCAACAAUGAUAUAACAUUCACAUUCGAAUCGAUCAAUGAUAAACAAAACGAAUGGUUUCGUUGUUUAAUCAAAUGUAGAGAGGAUUUUAUUGCAUGGCAGCCAAUUGCCGAAUAUAAUAUGGAAUUGGCGCCCAUUUCACAUCAUCGUUCACAAUACCUGUUUCAUGAUCGUCCCACGGGAGCAUCACUAUAUAAUGAAACAUCCAUACAAGAUUAUGAAUUUCGAAAAAAACAUCAUUCAAGUUUUUCUCACCCACAUCAUAAUCAUCAACAAUUUAAUACCGGUCAUUCAUACAGUUUGUCAUCGAAGCCUGUUUAAUAAAAAUAAUGACCAUCGCAAUCACCAAACACCACCAACAAUUCAUUUUUUCAUCACUGUAAAUAACAAAUUGAAUCAGACUUAUUUUUUGAUUG